AAAUACACAUCCAAAAUGAAUAUUGUUAAUAAAAAAUUAAUAUCAUUAUUUAUACCAAAAAAUAUAUCAAAAAAUGUACAUACAAAUGCUAGUUUAAUUGAAAAAUGUACAGAAAUAAAUAAUAGAAAUCCAAGAAACUUGGAACUAUUGAGAAUUGCAAGAAAACCAUCUGGUUAUCAUUUGGAAAGAAUAACUCGUGAAUAUUGGCACAGAUUGGUAUUGGAUCGUUCAGUAAAACAUGUUACAAUAAAUGUUGAACAUUUCGAAAAUGGAACAGUUGUAUCAGCAUCAACAAAAGAGUUAUCAAUAAAAAAACGUUUAUACAAAUUACAUGACAGUUCAGCAUAUAUGAAUCUUGGAAGAAUUCUUGCUCAAAGAUGUAUUGAAAGUGGAAUAUUAUUUGUUCACAAUGAUCCAAAACAAAUUGAAUGUAACAAAUAUAAUUUAAUACUUCAAGAACUUGAAAAUAAUGGUAUUAUAUUAACAGAACCAUCGAGAUUUAAAAAAGCAAAUCCUUGGGAUCUUGAACGUCCAGAUAAACCAUGGGAAGUAUUAGAAUAAAAAACAAUUAUAAAAACAUUUAAAAUAAACUCAUUAAAAAAA